AUGCGUCUCUCUUCAUUGCUCCGUAUUGUAAUUCGUGGUGCAGACGGACAACCAGUGUGGAAAGAAACAGAAUUCGCUAAUCGUUUUCACAGUGUGCCUGGGCAUCUUCGGCUACUGUGCAAUACAGCAGGAAGUAAAUCCGGAUUCCAAGUGGGCAGAAGCAUAUCGCGGAAUUACUCGGGAACCACUAAAAUGGUUGGGGGAGGACAAGACGGAGACAAAGCCCAGGCCAAGCCUCUCAGCGCAUCAGAGGUAGCUGAACUGAUAGGAGAGCCUGCACCUGAAACUGAAGGGUUCUACUUCCAACAAACUAUGCUACGUAUCAAGGACCCAAGAAAGUCACUACCGUUCUAUACCAAAGUGUUAGGAAUGAGGCUGUUGAAGCAGAUGGAUUUCUCUAGCGGUCAGUUCUCGCUGUAUUUCAUGGGAUAUAAGAAUGCAGACGAAAUACCAACGGGAGAAAAGGAGAGGCACCAAUAUGCGCUGUCAACUCUGUCCACUAUUGAAUUAACUCAUAACUGGGGGACCGAAAAUCAACCCGAUUUCAGUUACCAUAACGGUAACAAAGAGCCAAGAGGAUACGGCCAUAUUGGUAUUGUUGUCCCAGAUGUUGAGAAAGCUUGCGAGCGUUUCGAAAAGAUGGGUGUCCAGUUUAUCAAGAAACCUCAGGAUGGUACCAUGAAGGGCCUGGCUUUUAUCCAGGAUCCGGAUGGCUACUGGAUCGAGAUUUUCAACCCGAAGAAUAUAUGCUGAAGCGGGAGGCGAAAUGUUUUGCACUAUGACUAUGCUUCAAAGUUUGAAAAACGUCGUUUUAGAUGCUGUUAUUAGAAGAUACGCUUUGUUAGAUUUCAAAUGUCAUGCCGGUUUAUUGUUAGAGCUUGUUAUUUGUGAUGAAUAUGUUCGCAUUUGUGUAU